AUGGAAGAUAUGCAACAAUUUCGAGAUCUUUGUUCAUUUUAUACAGUGGCAAAAGCUUAUAUGGAAGAUAGUAAUGCAAGGAUUACGGUAUUUGCACCAGUAAAUGAUGUAUUUUUAUAUAAUCCUGUUCUAAGGGGUAUGAGACAAAAAGAGGUUUUAAGUCAUUUUGUUGAUAAUCAGGUAAUUGAAAUUUCUGAAGGAAAAAAAUGGGAUAAACAAACAUUAGUUAGAUCAACAAUAAAUAGUGGUUAUAUUUACAUAACACAAUUUGAAAAUAAUCCAGGAAAUUUUUCUUAUUUUGCUAAUGCAGGUAGAAUUUGUAAUCAUGAAGCUGGACAAUGGGGAAUUAUAAGUGGUGAACAAUAUCUUUAUAAAGUUUGUACACCAAUGGGUGAAAGACCAUAUCCUGGAACUGCUCUUUCUUUUGUAAGAGAUGUUGAUGAUACUUUAUUUAAUGAUAGAGAAUAUAAUAAUAGAGAUUUAACUGAAUUACGAGAUAUUCUUAAUAGAGUUCCUGAUAUUGCUUUAGUAAUUUAUGGUGGAAGUGCUUGGAAUGCCUUUCAUACAUAUUUUUUACCAACAAAUAAAGCUUUUGCAAAAGUUGUUGAUAGAAAUCGUAUUGAUAGAGAAGUUUUACUUGCUCAUGUUACAGGAACUAAUAGAGUUUUAUUUUCUUAUUCAUGGUUAUAUGAUGGUGGUAUACAUUAUUAUCCAUCUGUACAUUUUUCUUCAAAUAUUAUUGAAGAUAAUUUUAAAUUAAAAUUAACAAUGAGAAAUAUUACUGAUAGGAGAACAGGAAAAUGGGAUUUAUAUGCAGUUUCUGAAGUUUAUGAACGUUACAGUCAAUUUCGAAGAGGUGCUGUUUGGGCAAAAGUACUUGUUCCAAAUAUUCCUCUUCAAAAUGGUGUUGGACAUAUUAUUGAUAAUGUUUUGGCAAUUGUAACAAAUACAAUUGAUCAACAUCUUAAUGAUAAUUAUCGUUGUACAACAUUAAUGCGUUAUAUUAAUACAAUUGGAAUGAUUAUAAGAAAUUAUUUUUCAGCUUCCGGUGGUUUAGUAACAUUUUUUGCGCCUUAUAAUGAAGCAUUUGAAAGAAUUCCUGAAUCUAUUGAAAGACGUUUACUUAGAGAUAGAAUUUGGUUAGAACAAGUUCUUAAACUUCAUAUAGUACCGGCAAAAGAAUUAACAACAGAUGAAAUGACAAAUGAUACUAUUGUAAAUUCUGUUGAUAAUAUGAGACAACUUUAUUUUAUAAAAGGAGAAUGGCCAAAAAAUAAUAUAACAUAUUAUGUAAUUGGUGGAGGAAUAAAAGCAGCUAUAUUAAUGGAAAAUGUAGCAUCAACAAAUGGAAUUAUUCAUUAUAUUGAUACAAUACUUGGUGUACCAUCACAAAGUUUAUAUGAAAUUUUAAGAAAUGAAACAAGAUUACAAACAAGUUAUUCACAUUUAGAAAACUUACAAUUACGGUUUUCUCUUGAUCCAUGGCAAGUAUUAACACCUGAACAAAAUGUUACAUUUUUUAUACCAUCAAAUGAAGCAUGGGAAAAAGUUUCACCUGCAUUAAGAGCACAUAUGUUAGAUGGAAGGCAUUGGCUUGCAUUACAAUAUGUUUAUAAACGUCAUAUAAUUCAAGGUAUAGCUUUAAUGUAUACUGAUUUAAGAGAAAGAACAUAUGUUAUGAUGAAUGAUGAAAAAGUUGUUAUACGAAGACGUGGUAGAUUUUUCGAACUUUAUUGGCCUCGAGGAAAUCGUGUUGCUAGAAUAAUAGAAGGAUCUGAAAUAUGUGGAAUUAAUGGUUACAUACAUGUUAUUUCAGAUGUCUUAAUUUAUGAGCAAGAUUUAAGAGCUGGUGGAAAUACUUCUUUAAACUAUAAUAUUGAAAUUUAUACUCUAGCAUCUUUGAUUUUAUCCUGGUUUUUAUCAAGAAGAAGAGUAUGGAUUUAUAUAUUGACAAAUAUUACAUUUUAA